AUCAAAUCAAAUCUGACGACACCUCGAAUUAGGAGGAUGGAUACUGAAUCUGGGGAAGGUUUCUCUCUCCUCCCUCCAACCACUUGCUUGUGCAUGCAUGAUAUAAGUAGAAGUAGAGCCACCUCCAAGCCUCCCACGGCUCACACAAAGUUAGCACUCAUCCUCACUCGCCUGCUGGUAGUUAUAACCAACCAACCAACCUCCUCCGCCCACUCAAACCUCCUUCCUCUGUUAGUUACUAGUACUCGGCCACCAUGAAGUUUAUGAAACUUGGCACCAGGCCCGACACCUUCUACUCCUCCUCCGACUCCGAGAGGUCCGUGUACACGGAGGUGGCCACUGACCUGCAGAUCCUGGUGGGCAAAUGCCUCUACCAUCUCCACAAGUUUCCUCUGCUCUCCAAAUGCCUGCUUCUGCAAGCGCUCUGUGCCGAGUCCGGCUGCGGCGGCGACGGCGACGUCAUCGAGCUGGCGGGCUUCCCGGGCGGCGCCGAGGCGUUCGAGGUCUGCGCCAAGUUCUGCUACGGCAUCACAAUCACCGUCAGCGCGCGCAACCUCGUCCCGCUCCGCUGCGCCGCCGCUCACCUCGGCAUGUCCGAGGCCGCCGACCGCGGCAACCUCGUGGCCAAGCUCGACUCCUUCCUCGCCUCUUGCCUCCUCCGCCGGUGGAAGGAUGCGCUCGCCGUGCUCCACUCCACGCGCCACAACGUGCCGCUGUGCGAGGAGCUCGGCCUCACCUCCCGCUGCGUGGACGCCGUCGCCGACCUCAUCGCCAACCCUGCCGCCGCCGUUCUCCCCGCCAAGUCCACGUCCGCGUCGCCCUGGUGGGCGCACGACGUCGCGGAGCUUGGCGUUGAUAUGUUCUGGCGUAUCAUGGUGGCCGUAAAAUCGACGGGCGCCGUCAACGAGAAGACGAUCGGCGAUGCGCUCAAGACUUACGCGCGCCGGUGGCUGCCCAACGUUGCCAAGGACGGGCUCGCCGCGGAGCAGCCGUUCGACGACGCCGUCGGCGCCAGCGUGAAGCAGAUCACCACGAGGCACCGCCUCCUCCUGGAGAAGAUCGUGAGCCUUCUCCCGGUGGACAAGGACGCCGUCUCCUGCGCCUUCCUCCUCAAGCUCCUCAAGGCGGCCAACAUCCUGAGCGCGUCCCCCGCGUCCAAGGCAGAGCUGGUGAGGAGGGUGGCAUGGCAGCUCGAGGAGGCCAGCGUUAGCGACCUGCUCAUCCCGUCAGUGUCCUGCAUGAGUGACAUGCUGUACGACGUGGACGCCGUGGCGGCCAUCCUCCACGAGUUCGCGCUGCGGCACGCGGCGGCCACCGCGCCGGCGAGGAGCCCCGACGACAACAGCCCGGCACGGUCGGACGGGCACCGGCGGUCGAGGUCCGACGAGAGCGUGGGGUUCGACGGCGCGCGGCGGUCGUCGUCGGCCGCGCCGGUGUCGCAGUACGCGUUGGCGAGGGUGGGCAGGCUCGUGGACGCGUUCCUGAUGGAGGUGGCCAAGGAUCCCCACCUGCCCGUGGAGAAGCUGCUCGCGAUUGCCGAGGCCGUGCCUGACAGCGCUCGCCCGGAGCACGACGGGCUCUACAAAGUCGUCGACUCGUACCUCAAGGUGCAUCCGGAGAUGAGCAAGAGCGCAAGAAAGCGGCUGUGCCGGGUGCUCAACUGCCGGAGGCUGUCGGAGAAGGCGUGCUCGCACGCGGCGCAGAACGAGCUUCUCCCGCUCCGCGUCGUGGUGCAGGUGCUCUUCUUCGAGCACGCGCGGGCGGCGGCGCUGUCGGGCGCGCCCGUCGCCGGCGAGCUGCCUAGCAACAUCAAGGCGCUGCUGUCCAAGUCCGGGUCGGAGGAGGACGACGCCGACCGGGUGGACGAGCAGCGGCUGCGUGCCCUGGCGUCCGGCGCGUCACCGGGGGACGACUGGAGCGUGGAGGGGCUCCGGCGCGCGGCGUCCAAGAUCGCCACGCUGCGCAUGAAGAUGGAGGAGGACGAUGAGGACGACGAGGAGUUCGUGCGCAAGGCCGGGCUGUCGCGCAGCGCGUCGCUGCGGUUCAGGGCCUUCUGCGCUAUGCCGGCGGGGAACCCGAAGCGGAUGCUCAGCAAGCUGUGGCCGCUGGGAAGAAGCGUCUCCGCCGACCGGCAUUAGCAGCCCAGUGCCACUAGCAGCCAGCCAGCCAUUAGGUUUUUGUAAUUUGCUUCUUCCGUCGCAUAUUUUUGUUGGGUUGUCUACCUUGCCCAAGGCCUAAGGUUGUUUUGUUUCUCUCUUCCUGUAGCUGCGAGUGAUGAUGCAUAAUUGUCAAAAUAAAUCAAAUAGGAACUCCACAGGUUACUUCUCUAUACUGUAUACUAUUAUA